AUGCGGUUUGCCAACAAGAGACAGACCGUCAGUGGUCUCGAAGCUGAAGAGGGCGUUAAGCUCCUCAUCGACGACCCAGAAGACCUCUGGCACGCACACAACCUGAUCAAUGAGGGCGAUCUCGUCGAUGCCCCGACCUUACGAACGUCUCGGGUUGAGGCUCCCAGCACUCACAACGUCGUCUACAAGACAGAGUACCUCAACCUCACCGUGAAAGUCAAGUCCGUUUUCUACGACCCCGCAGUCUCCGAGCUCAAGGUCUCGGGCUUCAUCGCGCGCGACGCAGAAGGUACCGUCCUUGGUCAACACCACACACUCACUAUUAAAUGGGAGAAUCGCAAGGACCGCCAGCUGUAUUUUACCCUCUGGAAAGAAGAUGGUUGGGAUACAGUCGCGCGCGAGGCGCUUAGCGAAGCGCUCAACCCCGACCGGCCAGAGAGCAUGAUCGCGAUUGUUAUGCAGGAGGGUCUGUCCAAUAUCUGCCUGGUUACGGGACACCGGACCAUUCUCCGACAGCGCGUCAACACCGGGCGGGCGAGGAAGGCCGAUGAGCUGAUGAAUAAAAAGGUGCGAAAUAAAGUACAGUCGUUUUAUGAGCAGACAUUGCUUGCGCUGCGCGCCUCUGCCGACCUGAGCAUGCCGCGCACUUUGAUCCUGGCCAGCCCGGGUUUUGUGGCCCACAGCUUCCGUGAGUACCUUGCGCAGGCGGCCAUCAAGCAGGAGGAUAAGGUACUGCAAAAGAUGGCGAAUGAGGCUAUCAUUGUGCAUACCAGCACAGGACAAGUGCACAACCUCAACGAGGUGCUCAUGAGUCCUGAAGUUGAGAAGACUGUACGCAACUGCAAGUUCGCAGCUGCGUCGAGCAUCAUGGAUCGGUUUUAUGAGAUGAUGCGCAAGGAGGAUGGAAGGGCGUGGUACGGUUUCAACACAGUGUCGAAGGCCGUCUCUGAGGGUGCCGUUGGCCGCGGAGGAGGCAUACUUCUCAUGAACAUUGCGCUGUUCCGCGCCGUAGAUCUGCCGACGCGCAAGAAGUAUGUGGCGCUCGUCGACAAGGUCAAGGCUGAUGGCGGCGAAGUGAGGCUUUUGAGCAAUGAGCAUGAGAGCGGACAGCGACUGGAUGCCUUGGGUGGCGUCGCGGCUAUUCUGACCUACCCCAUGUUUGAGCUUGACCUUGAGGAGAAUGAGGAAGAGAAAACUAAAGCACAUGACGGAAAGCCUAACACUGAGGAGUGGGAGGAGUCGGCAGAAGGGACGACAAUCAUUUGA